AUGGAACGAAAGACGAUAAGUAAGAAGAACUUAUUUAUGUGCGCAUCUGUUGGUGUGCUUGGACUGCUUAUUGCCUCCGGUGCUUACGUUUUAUAUCAAAGAUAUAGCGUAGGUGAGAUGGCCAGUCAAACAGGAACUGAAACAGGAGAAGCCAGAAAGCCAGUGCCUUUCUUUAAGAUAUUAUCUAAAGACUCGACUGAUACGUACACUAAAAUCACCCCUAAGAACGUCAAACACCUUUUCGAGAAGGAGAACAUUAUCCCCACGCGAUACUAUGGUGCUUCUGAAGUAACUACCAAGGGCAAAGAACCACAGAAGGUGAUAACUGCCCCCAAGAAAGGAUUCUUCAGUCGUAUCACUAACCUUGGCUGGUUCAAGAAGAGCUCUCCUCAAGUAGAAGGCGGUAUUGAAGCACUUAGCGUAGCUGAAAUGGGUAUUCAUCUUGAGAACAGUCGUAUUAUUGAGCGAAACUUUAAGCCAUUGGUUGUGCUUAAGACUAACCAAAGUAAGACAGCUAAGAAAGAAUCUCUUAUCAAAAACCUCCAAUACUUGCUUUCUAAAGUUGAUGUUGACGUGUUCCCGGGUAAGGAUGAAAUCUUCAAGAAGGCCCACUAUCUUAUCUGGCCUACUAUUUUCUUUGGUAACCCCACUAUUAACCAUUGGAUGCUCUACAACUUAACUGAAGAAGAGUUGGAAAAGGCUAACGAUGAUGUGUUUGGCUUCUUAAAGAUGCAAGAACAUGGUAUGGCUAAUGAUGAGAAUCUCUGCGACAUUAUCAAAGGCAUCGUUGCUACUAUUGCUAAGCGGCUUAACCUUGGCGGUUUAAGUGAACGACGUGCCACUAUUGGAGCGAAGCUCUUGGAAUACAAGGAAAACCAAAAUCUCAUUAAGCACCACCCAGAGGCCUAUGAGACUGAAAGACUUCUUUGCAUGCUUGAUGUUAUCACCCACUACGUACACGUUCUCCCAGAAGCUCGCGCCCGGUUUAAUUCUGCCUGCUGGAAGAUUGAAACUACAAUCAACCACCUCACUUUAAACAAAUCCCAAAUGACUCUUGAUUCUUACUUGGCUCUUUUCCGCGACCACAACAACGCUCUUAUUGCAGAGAUCAACACUUUCCUUCGAUUUGUGGCUGAUCUGGAACAAUUUGUGCAUGUGGCUACUUUCAAUGUGCACACCACGUCUGAUUCUCAAGUUGCUAAGCACGUUUCGGCCUUCAACCAGUCUGUGCAUGCCUACGACAUCCAACCAGACACGUCUGCCGUCGAAGUUACUGACAUUAUUGGCAAGGCCUUAAUCCGAUACGAGUUGACUCUUUUGAAAUACAUGCAGCUUCUAGAUCUCGUGGAGAACACUUCUGAUGUGUACGGCUUUGUUACUGCCGAGUCGCUCAAUGCUUUCCAACUCCAAGAACUCAAGAAGAUUGAGGAUACUCUUCCUAAGAUCCCUGAGCACACUGAUGUUGAUGUAACAGUUACUGUUUCCCAACACUCUACCAAGAAAGAUGAGACUCCAGCCGAGCCUAGCAAGGAAGCAGGUAAGGAAAUAGUUAUACCCGCCGCCCCUGUGGCCGUUACCGCUACUGCCUAA